AUGAAUAAUUCUGGGAAAGAAAAAGCAUUGAAUCUUGACAUUAAGGAUAAGCUUUAUCUCCAAUAUACCUCCAAAGCUCCACCAUCUCCCAAACAACCUUUCUUCAUUGGUGUUGCUGGUGGAACUGCAUCUGGGAAAACAACUGUAUGCAACUUGAUAAACAGCCAGCUUCAUGAUCAACGUAUUGUCCUCAUUAAUCAAGACUCAUUUUACCACUCAUUGAGUGAUGAUAUACUACAAAAUGUUAAUGACUAUAACUUUGAUCAUCCCGAUGCAUUUGAUAUAGAGCUUAUGCUUUCUAGUAUGGAAAAGUUAAAACAUGGACAAACGGCUUCUAUACCGAAUUAUAAUAUCAGUACUCGUAAGAGAAUCGAACCUCCACGUCAGGUUCACCCUGCGGACAUCAUAGUUUUAGAAGGAAUACUAGUUCUUCACGAUUCUCGUGUUCGCGAUCUUUUGAACAUGAAGAUCUUUGUUGACGAAGAUUCUGAUAUUCGACUUGCGCGAAGGAUUCAACGUCUCACCAUUGAACAUGGGAGAAACAUUCAAAAUGUUCUAGACCAAUAUUGCAGAUUUGUAAAACCUAGUUUUGAAGAUUUUGUUCUUCCAACAAAAAAAUAUUCUGAUAUUAUCAUACCUGGUGGAGGAGAUAAUGAUGUUGCUAUUGAUUUGAUAAUUCAAAAUAUUCGGACAAAGCUUGGUCAACAUGAUUUGUGUAAAAUAUAUCCAAAUAUUUUUGUCAUUUUUUCUACUUUUCAGAUAAAGGGAAUGCAUACUCUAAUCCGUGACGUUGGAACUACAAAACAUGAUUUUGUAUUUUAUUCUGAUCGUCUGAUUAGAUUGGUUGUUGAACAUGGACUUGGUCACCUUCCUUUUACAGAAAAACAAGUGACAACACCAACAGGAUCUGUAUACUCUGGUGUGAUUUUUUGUAGCAGAUUAUGUGGUGUAUCAGUUAUUAGAAGUGGAGAAAGCAUGGAAAAUGCAUUGAGAGCAUGUUGUAAAGGAAUCAAAAUUGGUAAAAUACUUAUUCUUGGACAAGGCACAGAUGGAAGACAGUUAAUCUAUGAGAAGCUACCAUCAGAUAUUGCAAGUCGUCAUGUGUUGCUACUUGAUCCUGUUCUAGCUACAGGAAGUUCUGCAGUGAAAGCCAUCUCUCUACUUUUAAAAAAAGGUGUAUUAGAAUCAAACAUCAUCUUUCUAAAUUUAAUAGCAGCACCACAAGGAAUAAAUGCAGUUUGUGAGAGAUUUCCAUUGAUGAAACUUGUAACAUCAGAGAUUGAUGCAACCCUAAGUGAAAGUUCUCGUGUGAUUCCUGGAUUAGGCGAGUUUGGUGAUCGUUACUUCGCCACAGAUGAUUAG